CUCACCUCUCCAGGUUUCUGUGGUCGAAUUUCUAGUCGCUCUUCGGCUUCAUCUUCCCUGCCUUAUUGACAAUCAUCGUGUAACUCGAUUACGAUAGCAUGGCGGACAGGGUGGAAACGUGUCGAGCGGCCUUGGAGAGCUGUCCGCUCGGUCAUUGUGAUCGACCAACGAUUCUCAACAAUCUUGGCCUCAGCCUUCAUGACAGAUUCACGCAGCGGGGUGUCCCGUCUGACCUUGACGAGGCCAUUGAGCUCUUUCGGGCUGCACUACUCAUCUGCCCCCCUGGUCAUUCUGGUCGACCAACGAUUCUCAGCAAUCUUAGCAUCAGCCUUUGUGACAGAUUCACGCAGCAGAGCCUCCCGUCUGACCUCGACGAGGUCAUCGAGCUCCAACGGGCCACACUACUCAUCUACCCCCCCGGUCAUUCUGAUAGACCAACGUCUCUCAAUGAACUUGGCACAAUCCUUUAUAAGAGAUUCAAGCAGCGGGGCACCCUGUCUGACCUUGACGAGGCCAUUGAGCUCUUUCGGGCUGCACUACUCAUCUGCCCUCCCGGUCAUUCUGAUAGACCAACGUCUCUCAACAAUCUUAGCAUCAGCCUUUAUGACAGAUUCACGCACCGGGGCCUCCCAUCUGACCUCGACGAGACCAUCGAGCUCCAGCGAGCUGCACUACUCAUCUGUCCCCCCGGUCAUUCUGAUAGACCAACGUCUCUCAACAAUCUUGGCACGAGCCUUUAUAACAGAUUCAAGCAGCGGGGCCUCCUGUCCGACCUCGACGAGGCCGUCGAGCUCUUUCGGGCCACACUACUCAUCUGCCCUCCCGAUAAUUCUCUUCGACCAACGAUUCUCAACAAUCUUGGCCUCAGCCUUCAUGACAAAUUCACGCAGCGGGGUGUCCCGUCUGACCUUGAUGAGGCCAUCGAGCUCCUACGAGCCACACUACUCAUUUGUCCUCCCGGUCAUUCUCUUCGACCAACGUCUCUUAACAAUCUUGGCCUCAGCCUUCAUCACAGAUUCACGCAGCGGGGUGUCCCAUCUGACCUUGACGAGGCCAUCGAGCUCCAACGGACCACACUACUCAUCUGUCCUCCCGGCCAUUUUGGUCGACCAAAGUCUCUCAACAAUCUUGGCCUCAGCCUUUAUGACAGAUUCAAGCAGCGGGGUGUCCCGUCUGACCUUGACGAGGCCAUCGAGCUCCAACGGGCUGCGCUACUCAUCUGCCCCCCCGGUCAUUCUGAUCGACCAACGAUUCUCAACAAUCUUAGCAUCAGCCUUUAUCACAGAUUCACGCAGCAGGGCCUCCCGUCUGACCUCGACGAGACCAUCGAGCUCCAGCGAGCUGCACUACUCAUCUGCCCCCCCGGUCAUUCUGAUAGACCAACAUCUCUCAACAAGCUUGGCAUACGCCUUUAUGACAGAUUUAAGCAGCGGGGCGCCCCGUCUGACCUUGACGAGGCCAUCGAGCUCCAACGGGAUGCACUACUCAUCUGCCCUCCCGGUCAUUCUCUUCGACCAACGUCCCUCAACAAUCUUGGCACGAGUCUUCAUGACAGAUUUAAACAGCGGGGUGCCCCGUCUGACCUUGACGAGGCCAUCGAGCUUUACCAGGCUGCACUACUCAUCUGCCCUCCCGGUCAUUCUCUUCGACCAACAUCUCUCAACAAUCUUGGCACGAGCCUUUAUGACAGGUUCAAGCAGCGGGGCCUCCUGUCCGACCUCGACGAGGCCAUCGAGCUCCAACACGCCACACUACUCAUCUGCCCUCCCGGUCAUUCUCUUCGACCAACGUCUCUUAACAAUCUUGCCAUGGGCCUUUAUGACAGAUUCAAGCAGCAGGGCAUCCCAUCUGACCUUGACGAGGCCAUCGAGCUCCAGCGAGCUGCACUACUCAUCUGCCCCCCCGGUCAUUCUGAUAGAUCAACAUCUCUCAACAAUCUUGGCACAAGCCUUCAUGACAGAUUCACGCAGCGGGGUGUCCCAUCUGACCUCGACGAGGCCAUCGAGCUCCAACGGGCCACACUACUCAUCUCCCCCCCCGGUCAUUCUGAUCGACCAGCGUCUCUUAACAAUCUUGGCAUGAGCCUGUAUGACAGAUUCAAGCAGCGGGGCGUCCCGUCUGACCUUGACGAGGCCAUCGAGCUCCAACGGGCUGCACUAAUCAUCUGCCCUACCGGUCAUUCUCUUCGACCAACGUCUCUCAACAAUCUUGGCCUCAGCCUUCAUGACAGAUUCACGCAGCGGGGUGUCCCGUCUGACCUCGACGAGGCCAUCGAGCUCCAACGGGCCACACUACUCAUCUGCCCUCCCGGUCAUUCUCUUCGACCAACGUCUCUUAACAAUCUUGCCAUUGGCCUGUAUGACAGAUUCAAGCAGCUGGGUGUCCCGUCUGAUCUCGACGAGGCCAUCGAGCUCCAACGGGCUGCACUACUCAUCUGCCCUCCCGGUCAUUCUCUUCGACCAACGUCUCUCAACAAUCUUGGCAUGCGCCUUUAUGACAGAUUCAAGCAGUGGGGCGUCCCGUCUGACCUUGACGAGGCCAUCGAGCUCCAACGGGCCACACUACUCAUCUGUCCUCCCGGCCAUUUUGGUCGACCAAAGUCUCUCAACAAUCUUGGCACGAGCCUUCAUGACAGAUUCAAGCAGCGGGGUGUCCCGUCUGACCUUGACGAGGCCAUCGAGCUCCAACUGGCUUUACUAUCCAUCUGCCCCCCCGGUCAUUCUGAUCGACCAAUGUCUCUUAACAAUCUUAGCAUCAGCCUUUAUGACAGAUUCAAGCAGCGGAGCCUCCCGUCUGACCUCGACGAGGUCAUCGAGCUCCAGCGAGCUGCGCUGCUCAUCUGCUUCCCCAGUCAUUCUCUUCGACCAACAUUUCUCAUCAAUCUUGGCACGAGCCUUUAUAACAGAUUCAUGCAGCGAGGUGUCCCUUCUGACCUUGACGAGGCCAUCGAGCUCCAUCGGGCUGCACUACUCCCUUAUCCCCCUGGUCAUUCUGAUCGAUCAUUGUCACUCAAAAAUCUUGCCCUCUGCCUUAAAACUAGAUUCGAGCAGCGGGGUGCCCCGUCUGACCUCGAUGAGGCAUUUAGGCUGUAUGCGCAACUCUCUCAUAUAUCUCAUGCAGUCUCUCGUAUGGAUCUUACUGCUGCCAAGUCAUGGGCCACCUCAGCCGAGGAGAUGAACCAUGACUCUGUCUUGGUUGCCUAUCAAACUGCAUUGAAAUUCCUAGACCAGCAUGUUACUAUAUUGUCAUCUUCUCCAAUCCAUUUUGAUAUUGUCAGGAUGGCCACUGCUUCCCUUGGAAUGGACGCUUUCUCGUGCAGUGUUCGUCAUGGCGCGCUCACAACUGCUGUGGAAAUGGUAGAGCAAGGCCGUGCAGUAUUCUGGACUCAUUUGGCACACUUCCGCACACCCCUCGAUGAACUCUCUAUGUCUGGUGACACCGGCGCAGCCUUGGCAGAAGAGCUCAAGCAGCUCAGUUUUCGUCUUCGUAACGCGUUUGACCAGUCUACUGAAGACCCGUCUCCGCAAAUCCAGCAAUUGACCAUGCAAUGGGAAGACGUCAUCUCACGCAUCCGCAUGCUGCCUGACUUUCCUCGAUUUCUCCUGCCCCCGCUGUUUUCUGACCUCCAGAAAUCCGCUGAAGAAGGCCCGGUUGUCAUCGUCAAUGCUAGUCAGUACAGCUGCGAUGCUUUGAUUAUCCUAAGUGGCCAAGAUCCUGUCCAUGUUCCACUUCGUAUUGCGCAGACCGAAGUCUCCGAAUUGUCUUCCGAGUUUCAGGCCCUUUCAGAACAAUUUGGUUCUUCUACUCAUCUAUACAAGCUCGUCGACAUCCUCCGGGAGCUUUGGCAUGAAGUGGUUGACUCUGUGGUCCAAGCUCUUAAAGAGUCAGGGGUUCGCCCUGGCUCACGUAUUUGGUGGUGUCCCACUGCUGAUUUUACGCUGCUUCCUCUACAUGCAGCAGGACCCUACGAGAAGAAGAAAGACAAUUUAUCAGACAUUUACAUCUCCUCUUACACCCCCACUUUGGCGACACUUGUUCGUGCAAGACAGCAGGUUUCUGGAGAUGUGUCCCCGCAACAUUUUGUUGCCGUUGGUCAAGGAAACCCGAAAGGGGCGAAGGCACUCAAAUAUGUCGCUCCCGAGUUAGCCGUAGUUGCUCAGCGUCUCGCGUCCGUUGUCUCGGUCACGUCACUCGCGGACGGCGAUGCGACAGUUGAAGGUGCACUCGAUGCACUAAAUCAUAAUCAGUGGCUCCAUCUAGCCUGCCACGGAAUGCCGAAUCGACAACAACCAUUUGAGUCUUCCUUUGCCAUGCACGACGGGCCUUUAAUGAUCAAGGAUGUCAUUCGAUCUAACUGGCAGAACCCUCAGUUUGCAUUCCUAUCGGCCUGCCAUACUACUGUGGGCAGUGAGAAGAGUCCCGACGAGUCGAUCCAUCUCGCUGCAGCCAUGCAAUUCUCCGGAUUUCGCAGUGUAAUAGGUUCCAUGUGGUCUGUCGACGACGAGGUUGCACGACAGGUUGUGUCCGCAUUUUAUCGCAACCUGGUCAGUGGGUCAGGGAGAUUGGACUGCACACGGGCUGCGGUGGCGUUGCACAAGGCUGUGAAAUCGUUACGCAAGAAGAUUCCGCUAGAACAGCAGAUCGUGUUUGUUCACAUAGGUGUCUAG